AUGGAGAACAGCGCGAGUACCAGAACGAGCGGCACGCACAUGGAGUUCGAUGAAAACAGCGGCAGGACGCUGAGCCAGCCUGGCCCGUGGUACGAAGUUCUCAAAGAAAGAAAAAGCCAGAAAACAGCGGAUGAGAACCGCAUAAAAGGAAGCAGCAAGGCGAACAGCGCCCAGAAUCUAAAAGAAGAUACGAGUGGGCUGACCAACCCAAAGAUGCAACCGACCAACAACCAACUGCAGCAACAGCGACGCGGGGACGGAAGAACCCGCGGAGGCAACAACACGCCACCAAGGAAACGCAUGUUGCCACCAUUACCAGAGGAUGAAUACAAGGUAGUAUACAGACCAAGAACGGGCCUCAAGCUUUCUUCGUGGUCUGAUAAAAGCCUCACGCAAGGCAUCGCCACAGCAGGCGGUUUUCCAUUCAAAGACUUCUACUCGAAUGUGACGAUCCAGACGCAAUGGGCUCAGAACUUGAUCAUCGCAAGUACUGCGGACGAGGACUACGCCAUGAAGCUGAGCAUGAUCACCCAGAUACAGCUAGGCGCGGCCUUGUACGAACUCAUGCCUUACCUAAAACCGCUCCCGGGCACCGUACGAGGAGUGGUGCACGGAAUAGAAGCAGGAACAACAGAAGAGGAACUUAAAGAACUUAUCUCAGUCAACGGCUACAGCAUUCUGCACGCAAGAAUGCUCGGAAAAUCCAGCUCGGCGCUACUCACGUUUGAGGGACCGCACGUGCCAUUCUACGUGAAAGCGGGUAGCGUGUUCACCCGAUGCCGGCCCCACCGCAGAUCCGUGCAGUACUGCAGAGCCUGCGGGAAUGUCGGCCACAGACAGGACGUCUGUCCCAACCCGGACACAAACAGGUGCAACCGAUGCGGAGCGGAAAAUCCUCAAGACAAUCACGAGUGUCAGCCUAAGUGCAAGCUGUGCUACCAACCCCACGAAACGGCAAGCAAGGAAUGCCAGAAACGACUCAAACCAAGUCCCCCACCGUUACACGUAAGGGAAAGAAGCAAAUCGCAAAGUAAACAAGCCGCUUGGACGGGAGGUGCAAACGACCGCCCUUUCGAGCAGCAGCAACGGACGUCAUUGCCGCAGGACAGAGUGGUGAGCUGGCCCCAGCUGGGGUCCCACUCUCCCAAUGCUCCAGACCCAUUUCCCCCACUGCCGGUCACGCAGCAGGAUUCAAGUAACGCACAUUUCGAGCAGACCAUAGACACACUUAAGAAACAGAACGCGGAGCUUAUCUGGCGCUUAGAAAACAACGAAAAAAAAGCGAAGGCUAGGGAACAGGCCCUAGAGCAGAAACUGCAACAGUUUAUAGAGCAGAUGCAGAAACAGCAGCAACAACUGCCGCAAAUACCGCCGCGAGCUCCGACACCUCUGCCGGAGGACCUCGAACAAAAAAUGGAAUAUCACAUGAACAAAUUAGAUGAGAGGAUCGAUCAGAAGAUUGAUCAGACAAUGAGCCAGAUGACAAAAGCAGUUGAACAUAAAAUGAGCAAAAUGAUGGAAACCGUGAAUAAGGUCUUUGAAAACGUUAAUCCAACCAUCAUCCAAAUGAGUACGACCCUCAACGCCAAGAUUGAUCGAAUGGGGGAGACCCUCAAUGCCCAGAUGGGCAAGAUGGGUGAUGAGCUCAACCAACGUAUUUCCGACCUUGAGAAGGAAAGGGAACAAGCCCGAAAGAAGCCGAAAACGUCGCCAGGAGGGGAUGCGCUGACAGAAGAAACGAUCAGAACCCACAAUGGAGACCUUCAUCAACCGGAUAUCAUCGCGCUACAAGAAACAGAAACAGACACCAUAAAGAUACGGGGCUACGAGACACACAUAGCCGAAGGAAAAAACCGGACAGCCAUCCUCACCAAGAAACACCACACAACACAACAACACCAAAUCGGCCACAGAAUUGAGCACACUUUGAUAGAGAUGAUACCACAAAAGAAGACAUUACAGAGUCUAUUUAUCCUGAAUGUUUACAGCCCGCCCUCGGACAACCUAAGGGACUUGGACAAGUUCCUGAGGGAGGUAAAGAAAGUUACCAAAGGGCAGAAGAUACUCGUAGUUGGGGACUUCAACGCACCGCAUGUAGCGUGGGGAUACCACAAAAGCAACAAGAAGGGCACGGAUGUGCACAACGCGGCUCAGCACCACCAACUGACGCUGUGGAACGAGCCUCAGUGUCCAACCAGGAUUGGAAACAGCAUCUCCAGGGACACAAGCCCCGACUUAACUUUCUCGAAGGGCAUACGGCAAAUCGAAUGGACAAGGCUGGAAGAAACCCUAGGAAGCGAUCACUAUAUAAUUCAAACCGAACUCCGACACAACAAGACUCCAUUGAGAACGGGACAAGCGAAGAUCACGGACUGGACCGCGUUCCGAAAGGUGGAACACCCAGCGGACAUGGACGAUAUUGAAGAAUGGACCAGGCAAGUGAUGGAAGAGGUAACCAAGCACACAAAGACGAUACAACUCACUUCGGACAACCCCGAAGUUGACCCGCACUUACUCCACAUCUGGGAGGCCCGACAGGGCCUCCUAAAAAGAUGGAAGAAACAAAAGAGAAACCGCAAGCUCAAGGUCCGCAUUGCCCUGUUGACCAGGGAAGCUGAGGAGUACGCAGAGAAACUCGGAAUACAAAACUGGAAUCAGCUAUGCGACCGGCUACAGGGUACCCUGAGCAAUCGCAAAACAUGGGCAAUACUUAGGUCGCUGCUGGCAAAGACCGAGUCAAAGAAGGUCACGUGCCAACAUAUUCAACGCCUCAUCCACAACUAUCAGGGUUCAGAGGAAGACGUGCUCGAAGCCAUCACUGAAAAAUACAUUGGCAACCAACAACAACAGACGACGACGAUCACUCACCUGGACUACGAGGGAAAAUCCAACCCAGAGUUGGAUCAACCCUUCAGCAGGGCAGAGAUAGUGGCGGCGCUCAGGAACUUGACGAGAAACACGACCCCAGGAAGGGACAGAGUUAACAACAAGACGCUCCGUAACCUGGACGACAGAGCCACGGAGUGUCUCCUUAAGCACAUCAAUGAGAGCUGGGAGACCGGGAAGAUACCGGCAUGCUGGAAACACGCGGAUGUGACAAUGAUCCCAAAACCGGGCAAACCGAUCACUGUGCAGAACCUGAGACCAAUAUCCCUCACAUCGUGUGUGGGAAAGCUAUUCGAGCACGUGGUACACAACAGAUUAUCCCCGUAUCUCGAGGAGAACGAAUUCCUCCCUAACACGAUGUUUGGAUUCAGACCUCUCCUAUCGACCCAAGACAUCCUUCUUCAACUCAAAGAGGAUGUAAUAGACAACCUCAGCACGCAGCACAAGAGCGCAAUUCUAGCAUUGGACGUCAAAGGGGCGUUUGACAACAUCUCCCACAGUGCGGUGCUAGACAGCUUACAAAGGACAAACUGCGGCCAAAAGACUUACAAUUUCGUCCGUGACUUUCUCACAGACCGGACAGCGACCAUAGGCCUGGGAAACCUAAGGACCGAACAGAUCAAGGCUCCACAAAAGGGAACCCCUCAGGGAUCGGUGAUCUCGCCGUUGCUUUUCAAUAUUGCAAUGAGGGGUCUACCGCUCCUUCUAAAAGACAUUAAAGGUCUCAGCCAUGCAAUCUACGCGGACGACCUUACCAUAUGGACGACGUCGGGGUCGGCAGGAAUGCAGCAAGACGCUCUGCAAGAAGCGGUGAACAGGACCGAGAGAUAUUUGAAAGAUUGUGGUCUCUCGUGCGCUCCGGAUAAAUCGCAACUUUUGGUGCUAAAAAAGAGGGCGAGAGGUCGUCCUCCACCGGAAACACCAGACCCCGUACUAACUCUACAUGAAGAUAACAUCCCACAAGUCGACGUGCUCCGUGUCCUGGGAGUAGUAUUUCAGAAGGAUGGUGCAGGGAUCGCCACAGUGCAAAAACUCCAAGAAACAGUCACACAAGUUACGCACCUAGUAAAACGGGUAACAAACAGAAACCACGGCCUCAAGGAGCAAGACACUUUGAGAAUCAUUCAAGCACUCGUCAUCAGCAGAAUAACGUACGGGACCCCGUAUCUGGGGCUCAAAAACAGCGAGCGCGAGAAGAUUAACACACUCAUUCGCAAGACAUACAAACUGGCCUUGGGGCUUUCCCCAACAACCUCCACAGAGAAACUACUCCGAUUGGGUAUACAUAACACAUGGGAAGAGCUGGCAGAAGCACACAAGGUGAGCCAGGUUGAAAGACUUAAGCUCACCAGUACAGGCAGGGACACCUUAAGAAGACUGGGCUACGGAAUCGAAGACGAGUCAAGAAGUAAGCAAAGGAUUCCAUUACAACUAAGAGACAAUAUCACAGUUGCAUCCAUUCCUCGCAACAUGCAUCCAGAACACAACAAAGAACGACGAAUGGCAAGAGUGAGAGCACUGAGAAAGACCUACGAGAGAGACGAUGACCGCGUGCGGUACACAGACGCAGCGAAAUACAAGGGAAAGAAAGCACACGCGAUUAGCGUGGUAAACAACAAGGGAGAAGAAGUCGCGGCGGCCUCCGUGAGGACCCCAGACACGGACUCAGCAGAGGAGACAGCAAUCGCUCUUGCGGCGACGACAGGCAAGGAACUCCUCACGAUAAUAACAGACUCACAAGCCGCCUGCAGAAAUUACCAACUAGGCCGAAUAUCACGAUUGGCCCUCGAAACGUUAAAAAAAAUCAAAGAUCCCCCCGAAAUAGUCAUAGUCUGGACCCCAGGACAUGAAACCCUAGCGGGUAAUCUAGCGGCGCAUGCCGCUGCCCGAGAACACUCUCUCCGGGCUACCUCGCUGGGCGACCGUGCUCCAGCGGAUACAGACGAGGGCGUUCCAAAAAGAUACACCGACAUUCUAGCGCAUUACAGACUAGGGAGGAGAACCUACCCUCCCCCACACCCUACAAUAUCCAGAGAGGACGCCGUGACACUUAGACAGCUACAAACUAACACUUUCCCGCACGGCACAUUAUUUCACGCAAUGUACCCAACUCAAUAUGACUACGACUGUAAAAACUGUCGAGUGCCUAACACUCUCUACCAUAUGGUAUGGGAGUGCAUGCACAACACCUCCAUACCCCCCAUUUCCCGACCAACCGCGGAGCAGUGGGAGGACCAGCUGACCAGCUUAAAACCUGAGGACCAGUCCCGACUGGUGAACAGGGCCAGACUGGCAGCGCGGGACCAUGGCAUCCUGGACUGAGGCAGCCACCCACCUGGGGACGACCCACAAGCUUUCGUCUGCUCAAGUUAUAAUAAAGUUUAUUCCUCCUCCU